GAAAAGAUGAGUAGGGUCAGUCUUCAAUUCUGUGGAAGGAGUUAAUUGUGGCCCCACCUCUCACUCAAUCAUAUUUGUUGGACUCUUCUACUGUCCUUUAUAUCCAACAAAUUUUUUUUAAGAUUUUGAGGCUCAGUGGAUAUAUUGUUUUCAAGUUGAUACUUGAUAAGUAUCAUACCCGAGGCUUUUCUGGUUUUCAGUUUCAUGGCAUUAGUCAGUAUUUUUGAACUUGUUUUGGCCUUCAUUUGCUUUCUGUUUCUCUGCUGCUUGAGAAAUAAGAACGAUGGGACUCCAAAAAGUUUCCCGCUUGUUGGGAUGAUGCCAGAUCUUCUCCUCAACAUUCAUCGGAUUCACGACUGGGGCACUGAGGUUCUCGAAAGAAACCAUUGCACUUUUCUUUUCAAAGGCCCUUGGUUUGCUAAGAUGAACACGUCGGUGACCUGCGACCCUGCCAACAUUCACUACAUAAUGAGUUCCAACUUUCAGAACUUCCCCAAAGGAUCUGAGUUCAAGGAGAUGUUUGACAUCCUGGGAGAUGGGAUUUUCAAUGCUGACAUGGAUUUGUGGAAAACCCAGAGGAAAUCUGCUCAAGAAUUCCUGAGACAUCAGCUGUUCCACCAAUUUUUGUUGAGGACUAGCCGAGCUAAGGUGGAAAACGGGCUAAUUCCUGUCCUUGAACAUGUUGCCACACGAGGCUUGGUGCUCAACUUGGAAGAUAUUUUCCAGAGGUUUACAUUUGAUUCUACAUGCAUCUUGGUUACUGGCUACGAUCCCGAGUGCCUCUCCGUGGAAUUCCCUGAAGUUCUUUUUGCCAAGGCCUUGGAUGAUGCUGAGGAAGCCAUAUUUUAUCGACAUGUCAGGCCACCAAGCCUUACGAAGUUGCUAAGGUGGCUGAACAUUGGGCAAGAGAAGAAAUAUAGAAAGGCAUGGGAAGUUCUUGAUGACAUAAUUGUUAAAUAUAUAUACCAGAAAAGGAAAGAACUGAACAAAAUGAACGAAGGGUUAAUAUGUGAAGAAGGUUUAGAUCUCUUAACAUCAUAUAUAUUAACUGAUCAAGAGAAGUCAUCAGGUUUGAAAUGUGAUGAUAAGUUCUUGAGAGACACCAUUUUGGGUAUGAUGCUUGCAGGGAGGGACACAACGAGCUCUGCUCUCACUUGGUUCUUUUGGCUGCUUUCUAAGCAUCCGGAAGUGGAAAACAAGAUCAUAGAAGAGCUUAAAUCAGCCAUACCCGCAGAGGAAACACAAAAGAAGCGACUAUUCAAUGCUGAAGAGGUAAAGAAUUUGGUUUAUCUACAUGGAGCAUUGUGUGAGGCAAUAAGGCUGUAUCCACCGGUUCCGUUCCAGCACAAGAAACCUCUAAAACCUGACAUUCUUCCCAGUGGGCAUCCAGUUGAUCCAAAGACUAAAAUCUUGUUUAACUUGUAUUCAAUGGGAAGAAUGAAAUCAAUCUGGGGGGAAGAUUGCUUAGAAUUCAAGCCUGAAAGAUGGAUUUCGAAGCGAGGGAUUAAACAUGAACCAUCAUACAAGUUCUUGUCCUUCAAUGCAGGGCCAAGGACCUGCAUAGGAAAGGAAGUGGCAUUUGUUCAGAUGAAAGCGGUGGCAUCUGCUAUAAUUUACAACUAUUGUAUUCAUGUAUUGGAAGAAACCCCUGUUGUUCCUGCUUUAUCCAUUAUACUGCACACCAGGGAUGGACUGAUGGCUAGGCUCUCCAGUAGAUGGGACUAAAAAUGCAUGCUUGAAAGUUGAAUGGGUAUUGUAAUCUGAAACCUGGGGCAUUUGCUAUGUAGUUGAUUUAAAUCUGGAAUAAGAACAUGCAGCUCUUCUAGCCUUUUCCAUGUUAGUAAUAACAUUGAAUGUUGCUGCUCCUCAUAAUUUGAUCUGUUUCUAUCAUAAAAUUCAUUCAAGAAAUUGAUCAAAUACAAAAAGAAGCCAGCUUUCUUACAAAGUACAAACAAACAAUUAAACUUGGUUUUAAGUGGGGACAACUUUUGUUUGAUUGGUAGUCUAAUUGAUUAUCACAUGAUCAUUACAUAUCACAAGACAAUUUUUUUAGAGAAAAAAAUUUCAAA